GAGGACACGCGGCGAGCAGCACAGGCGGAGCCAGCGCACCGUUUGGACAGGUUUUGCAGCCCGUGGCAGAGAUGGCGUUCGUCCCUGAUUUAGACAUGCUGGAGAGCAACAGCCUGACCGAGGAGACAUUUUAUGGACCCGACUACGUCUGCCUGCAGAAGAAGCCUCGCCUGAGCUCAGACCUGAAAUCAUCUGGCCAGAGCCCCUCGGAGGUAGAUGUCCAGGUGACCAUCACGGAGGGACACCCCACCAAGACCUUCCGCCAGGUCGCCGUGCUCAUGGUGGCCACGACCAAGCUCUUGAAGAGGCCGUCACACCAGGACUUUGCCGACAGCGAUCUUGGGAGCUUCCUGGAUACCGUUUUCGAGCCCGUUCCCUUCCAGCGGUUAGAGAGCAGCUACGCAGGGGCCCCCGUGUACCGCUACACCCGCUCGCUGUCCUUCGACAUCCUCGACAUCAACCACAAGAGCUUCGUGCUGGAGUCGCCCACCCAGCUCGUGGCCCUGCACCUGCAGGGCCCCUCCAAAGGGGAGGGCACCCCACUCAACAUCGCUCUGUACCGGCCCAAGAGCUCGCAAGGCAACCCCGGGGCCAUGCAGGUGCCCGUGGCCCUGGGCAUCAAGGGGUACAAACUCUACAUGUCGUGCGUGAUGAGCGGUGCCAAGCCCAUGCUGCAGCUGGAGCCCAAGCAGCCAGUGGGCAUCACCAACCAGCCCGACCAGGUGAACAUCACCACGUACCGGCUGAGCAGGCACUGAGCUGCCCCUGCACCAAACCAAACCAGCAGUCACUGGUUUUCAGGCCGUAUGUACCGAGUACAAGCCAGCUAACCCGCGUGGCUGGGACCUGCUCCCUUCCCUGCCCCACGGAAGAUCUAUUUCAUGUGAAAUAGCAGCUCUGGGCCCUGUGGGCCUGAGUCGCAGUCAAUUUAUACUUAUUUAUUAUGUUGGUCCAUUGCUUUUAAUUUACAUAGCUUCUGAACAUAACUAUUGUAUUUUUAUUAUUUGCCUGUCUUAGCAAUGACUGAAUUGCUGACUGAAAACUGU